AUGGCGUUUAUAUACAGGUGCGCGCGCCCUGCUCGGCUGCUCGUGGGCACACCGCACACCACUGGCAUAGCAUCAGCCUUUGCCUCGGAUCGUGUCUGCGUCCAAGAGUCUCGUCCUCCUACUCCAGCUGAUCGAUCUCGGCAACCAAUGGCAGCCAUCAUGGCGCCGCCGCCGCCGGCGCUCAAGUACGAGGCGUGCCACAACCCGCAUCAAGGGCUGGUGUCGGAGAGCGCGCUGCGCAUCAUCGUGGAGACGAAGGCGUGCUUCGUGGCGCUGGCGCUGGCGCUGGCGCUGGCGCUGGCCUACUUCCUGACGGCGUCGCAGCACCGGCUGUGGAGCUCCAGCCACCUCAUCAAGGGCUUCCUCUUCGCCGUGACGCAGCCCGUGACGCGGUUCCUGCUCGGCAUGUUCACCAUGCUGCUCUCCAUGCCCUUUCGGAACGACCUCUACCUGCUCUGGGGCAUCCUCCUCCUCGCCGGCUACGAGGGCGUCUACACCAUCUCCGGCUACGGCGUCUCCGCGCGCCGCUCCGACCUCGCCGUCCACGAGUUCGCGCGCGCCUACAACAUCGUCACGCUCGGCCUCUACGUGCGCUACUACUCGAGCGCCUCCCAGUUCCGGUGCCCGCUCUGGGUGCUCUGGGCGCUGAUGGUCGCCAAGUUCCUGGAGCGCAUCGUCCGGUUCAAGGUCGCCAACGGCAGGUAUGGCGACGCCAGCACCAGCUUCGUCGCUGACUACAUGAAGCACGAGCACAAGAUCGAAAAAACAUCCUCAGAGUCAACGGGUGACCAGGACUUGUGCUUGAAAAAUUGCAACUACCUCAUCGUCGGCGACUCCGAGGCGAAGGCCGAAAGGGUGGAGAGGCAGUACGAGGCUCAGUACAAGCCGGCGGAGGACACCGUCACCAUCGCCAAGGUCUGGGGGUGCGAUGGGAAGCUCCUGAAAUCGAAGACACACGGCAAAGAGCUGAGAGACGUCUGCCUCUCCUUCGCGCUGUGCAAGCUCCUACGGAGGAAGUUCGCCGGCGUCGCGACGGCCGAGAGCGAGAGGUCGAAGGCGCAGCUGCUGGUCUUCGACGACCUCAUCAGCUCCGGCCGGGGCCGGACGUUCCGGGUGGUGAGGACGGAGCUGGGCUUCGCGAGGGACUUGCUCUACACCAAGUACCCCAUCCUGUUCAGCUCCGGCUUCCCGGUCGUCAGCACGGCGCUGUUCGUGGUGACGGUCGGCGUGUCCGUGUGGAUCACCGUGUCGGCGAACGUGGACCUGCUCAUCACCUUCGUCAUCGUGGGCAUGGUCACCGGGAUGGAGAUCUGCGAGUUCUUCAUCCACCUCUUCUCCGACUGGACUAAGGUUAUGGUGGUCACCGAAUACGUCCGGAAACCGUGGCUGCGAAACUUCCCUUUCCUCAACUCCGUACUGAAGUUCAUCUGCUGCGGCAAGAUCGCCGAGCCCAUCGGCAGCUCUCUCGGACAGUUCGAUCUUCUCAAGGCGCCCAAGAAGGGGAAACGUCUCCCGGAGUGCAUCGUGAAUCUGUACCACACGGCGAGGUCCUUCGUCCUGCUCACCGGCGACGAGGACUUCCGCAUCAACAAGUGCAAGACUCUCCGGGCGGUCCCCGUGGACAUAGAGGAGAUGAUAUGCAGCACCCUCGCGAACAACAAGGACGGUUUGGUCCGCGGCGACGAGUCCCUGAAGAGGAGGACCGAGCUGGAAGGCGACGUGCUGCUUGCAAGGCACUGCAAAGCUCAGACGCACAUCGAGAGAAUCAUGGUGUGGCACGUCGCGACCAGCACGCUGGAGCUGAAAGACGGCGGCCGGCAGCCGCGCGUUGGAGGAUCGAACAAACGCUUGUUGGAUUUGGAGGACGGCCGCCGGAGUCGGAAAGGAUCAGGAUCAAGCCGUGUGGACUACAGGCUCGUGGCCACCACGCUGUCCAAGUACUGCGCCUACCUGGUGUUCUACAAGCCGAAGCUGCUCCCAGUCGCGAGCAACUCCGUGCGGUACAUGUGCAACGUCCUCCUCGACGAAGCGAAAGCGAUCGGCGGGAAAGAAGCUGCCAACGCCGGCCGCGGCGGCGAGGAGGCGGCGGCCAACGGGAAGGAGGGACCGACACAUGACAGCCAAGAAGAGGUCAGCAUAGUCUUGAGAGGCCGGAAGCUCGCCAGUGGUCUGGAGAGCGUGCUGGCGCAUGGCGGCGGCGACGGCGACGGCGAUGAAGGCCUGUGGGAGGCGCUGGCCGAGCUGUGGUGCGAGCUGAUUGUGUCGAUGGCGCCGCACGGCAGCAUAGUCGCGCACCAGAAGGAGCUCGGCAAGGGCGGCGAGUUCAUCACGCACCUCUGGGCGCUCCUCUACCACGCGAGCAUUGACGACAAGUUCUCGGGCUCGUCCGCCGUCGCCGCCGCCGCUGCCGAUGCUCCGCUAGCAGAGACGACAACUACGUCCGGAACUGUCCCUGCUAGCUCCGCGUGA